AUGGAUAACAUAGUGUUACCUGGAGAAGUAAUAGGAUCCGAAAAAGAUUAUAUAAAUGGUGAAAAUACAUAUGUAUUAAAAAAUGAAAUAAGAUCAACUAUAUUGGGUAAAAAAAAUAUUAUAGUUAAUAAUGAUAAUAAAAAAAUUAUUAAUGUAGAUAACAUUAAAAGUUUUGUAGCUUUACCCAAAGCAGGAGAUAUUGUUAUAUGUAAAAUUUAUAGAGUAACAUUUAAUAUGAUAUAUUGCAAUAUUAUAUUAUCAAAUAAUAAACCAUUAAAAAAUUCAUUUAAAGGAUAUAUAAAUAAAAGUGAUAUUCAUAUAUAUGAAGGUGAAUUAGGCGAUAAUUUUGAUUGUUUUAAACAAGGUGAUAUAAUCAAGGCCAAAAUUUUAUCUAUAGGACAACAUUCUUCUUAUAAAUUAUCAACAGUAGGUUCUGAUUUAGGUGUAAUUAUUGCUUUAAGUGAUAAAGGUGAAAUAUUAAAGCCCGUUGCAUGGAAUUUGAUGGUUAAUUUAGAUGAUAUGAGUUUUGAGCAAAGAAAAGUUUCUAAUGAUUUUUCAAUUCCUGUUUAA